UCGUUCUGCGAUUCCCUGACAAAGUGGGUAGUUGAAUCGCAACGCAGCGUCUUGCUUGCUUGCUGCUGACUAUUAGUAGACCAACUACCUAAUUCUAAACCCUUGACGACGUGUCAACGAAGGAUUGUUGGAUACAGACAAGAGACUGGGAUUAAUCGGGAACAAGUAAAAAAUGCGCUCUCAGUCGGUUGUUGCAGUCGCCCUUGUGGCCGCUGCUUCUGUUGCCAUCGCCGAGUCUGAAAACCGACCCAGGAUUUAUUUCCCUCGACACGUGAAGAGAGUCUUCACGAACACGACGAUACCUAUAACGAGCCCGGCUUCUCAAUCGAGCAGCCAGACGCAUGUAGCCACGUCGGACUCAUCCUCUUCAUCUACCAAGAGGAAUACGAUAUCUGAAAUUCUUGCUAGCCUGGGUCUAGGUGAAGAAACAUCAUCAGAUGAGGAAAGUGGAACCACAACAGUAGUUGUCCCAACGACACUCUUCGUUUCCCCGUCUGCCACUGCCUCUGGCUCCAGAAACGAGACCGAUUCGAGCGCGGCUACGACUACGGCAAAGGAUGCAGCAACAACAAAAUCGAGCUCGAGUGACAAGGAGGAGUCAUCAAGCAAGUCUUCUGCCGUGAAGGAUGAAGCUACGACCACGUCCGAACCCCUGUUGUCUCUCCCGACUUUGGAUAUACCGUUGCCCAUCGACACCUCUGAUUCCUCCACUGCGCCAAUCGUGAAUGCAACAUCAUCCGCUACAGCCACUAGUUCAGACGAGACGAGUGAAUCAUCGACUUUAGAAUCAGCUACCACAUCUUCCUCAUCGGGCAUUUUGUUGUUUCCAACUGGAGCUGUAACUACUACAUCCACGCCGACCGUAUCUUCGACACCGACCUCAUCAAAGGCUUCAGAAACCACUUCGAGCAGUGGUGGCUCUUCGACUGAGACUGCGCCUUCGUCUUCGGCAGUGACAACAACCUCAGCCAAGAGCUCAACAGGAAGUGCCACUGUGAGCUCUACCGAAAGCCCCACGGAGACCUCUACUGGGAGUUCGACGGCGAGUCCUAUCUCGACACCUACGUCGACUACUAGCAGCGGUGGUUUGAUAGACGAUCUGACUAGCAUUUUGUUGCCUGGUUCGUCCGCUACGGUGAAUGGUACUACCUCUAGUGCCCCAACUGCAGCAGCGAGCGAAACAGAAACAGGAACGCCAACUGUUAGUUCCAUCCCCGAUGUGACACCGACACCGAGCUCAAGCUCAACAAGUGGACUUAUUCCGGAUUUAACAAGCAUCUUUCCUCCCGGAACGACUGCUAAUUCAACAGAGUCUUCUGCUACACCAACAUCGGAUGCGACACCAGAUGUAACACCGACACCAAGCUCGACAUCUUCACUCAUCACGGUGGUACCUGGAACAACUACGAAUGCCACUGAAUCCACUGCUAUUCCGACACCAACUACUUCGGAUGAGACAUCAGUGCCGUCAUCAACGUUUUUGCCAACAUCUGAUUCUUCUGUCAGCGCUGGGCCAAGCUCAACAUUGAUCCCGUCAUCGAAUUCUACUUCCAGUAUUGAACCUACGUCAACCUUCGUGCCAACAUCAACUCCAGUACCCACGCCCACUGGUGGAAAUAGUACCGAUAUCCCUACUUCAUCGGAAACCGUUAGCGUUCCUGUCACGCUGCCUACUUCUUCUUCUACACCAAUUGUUAAUGGUACCUCAUCGUCAACACCACCUCCGACAUCAGCUACCCUUCCGCCAUCGACAUCUGAUGUUCCGUCGAACACGACCACUGAAAUUCCCACCUCUACGCCACCCCCCGUUACAUCUUCGUCCAGUGUGUCGAUCCCAAUCAAUUCUACUGAAUCGACAUCGAGCAUCUCAAUUCCUGUAUCGUCAACCUCUGCGCCAGAAACCUCGACAACUGCCAUUACAAUUCCAAUUCCAAGCCCUACCACGACACUGGCACCCACAUCAACUACGUCGAAGUCAAUUGUUACGAGCAUUGUCGCCACGGCCACUAUCACUGAUUCUCAAUCGUGGCUACCAACGUCUCUGAUAGUACAGGAAUCAACGGGCACAGUCAGUACUGGCGGGCUUCCUACUACUGCCACCGGGCUCCCUACAACGCUUCCCAUGGCAAUUUCCCCAGCUUCAACCGCUCCUGCUCAGCCGCCGGACACAACAAAGAUUCAGAUCUCAUUCCUCUACGGCGAACAUUACAUGCAUCUGGUAGAGAAUCCUAAGGCUGCCGCCCAACUAUUCCAGCUACUUCCUGGAGCUCUUGCAUAUGACACUGGAUUAAAUCCUGAGGAUGUCGUUAUGUAUAGCAUUAGGCCUUAUGACACGUUGUCCACACUUGGUUAUAUUACCUCUCAAGCUCUGCUUUACUACCCCACCGACAAGGUCAAUCAGCUUGCUGAUGAUAUUAAGACGCCUAAUGCGGCUCUAUACAACCAGCAGGACAGCCCUCUUGCUAAUGCCCUGACUGGCCAGAUCAACCCUGCAAUCCCAAUUUGGCUCGGAUCUGGGCUCGGAGGUAAUCCUAGCCCGGGUAGUGGAAACUCUGAUGAUAACCACAAUUCGGGCAGCUCUGAUCCUUUUGGCGGUUCUGGUGGAGGUGAGACAACUGCUGCGCAGAAAGGAACGACGGCUGGCAUUGCCAUUGGAGCUCUCAGUGUUGCAGGUGCAUAUGGUGCAGCUAUGUUUGUUAUUGCGCGACGAUAUAAGCGCAAGAAGCAACGCCACCAACGAAGCAGCUCAAUCUCUGCCGCGGAUGAAAUGCGACAGCCAGGGAGCCCUGCGUUGAUGGGCGGGGCACUCCUUAGCCGCGACUUCAGUAGUAGCCCUGGAUACGCCCCUGGAUACGGUGCUACAAACGGUGGCAACAUGCGCAACAGUCAAGGUAGUGGACGAAGUGGUACAAACCAGUCAGCACGAACUGCUAACAUCUCCGCCCCUGUCGCCGCUGAAAAUUCGCUGGGAUGGAACUGAACGUGAACGAAUUGCGUAUGACUGCACGCCUGAACUGGUUUAUUGGUCCUUUUUCUAAUCCCUUCUAUACUUGGAUACCCUUUCAGAUGAUUCUGUUGAACCUCGCUGCCCCUGAUAACAGGGCGCAGGCGAAACGAUCAUUUUGGAAACGCGAUCAGGUUUGAGCCAACCGCUCAUCAUUUUCUUGUGAACUACAACAUGAACAUCGUGAAGGAUCUCGACCCACCUUUUGCUGGUCGAGCUCUGAUGCUCAUGUGAUUUUUAUUUAAUCUAUUUGCUCAGAUUAACUCAAAAAGAGCCCAGUCACGACAGCUCUUCGAACCGUGUCUGGGCAGCGGCUACGAAGGGGUGAUGCAAAUCGAUGGAUGAAGAGACUUGUGGGAUUUUGCUACAAUCUAUCACCAUGGAACUAAACGUACAAUAUAAAUAACGCCCACGCCGCAAGUGGCGGGUGAUAGACUUGAAGACCCUGUUAAGUUUUCUGGAGUAAUGCAUAUAUGAUGAAUAGACAAGAGAAAAUCUAAAAAUUCAAUCUAAUGCCUUGCUUGUA